AUGGACGUCAAGUCUCUGUCCGAGGUGCAGAAGCAGAUCUUCACGAACCUGAUCGAGAAGUUGAUCGCUCGCAACAAAUUUCCCCCGAACGAGGCGGAGGACGUACAGAAGUUGCUGGAGAACGUGCGCGAUGCGAAGAACUUCCACAAAAUCAUGGAGAAGCUAAAGGAAUGCGGCCAACUGGACGUCGACAUUGAGGAGAACUUCCGCGACGAGAACGGCAUUUUCCUCAAAGAUACGGCGAAAAAACUCGGACCCGGCGGUCAAACGCUCACACCACGCCACACUAUCGACGCUAUACUAGGUUUGAAUAAUUGUGAAAAUGGAGGCGACUCAAGUGAUGCAACCGAUCUCAGCGCAUCUCCCCUGAGCCAGAUCAAGCUGUGCGAUCAGCAGCAAAUGAUGGCCAAAGCGCAACUACCAGCCACCUACGGUAGUCUUGGUAGUCCCUCGAGCCCAGACAAAUACCAGCAGCAGUUGGCCAGUUACCAGAGUCACAUCAAGUCGCUAGAUCUCGUCUCAGCUGGCUCACUCGACCCUGGUUCUCCUCAAAGCGCUCUCCACCAUCAGCUACCCUCACACCACCCACACACCCACCACCCCCACCACCAUCACCACCUGCAACAUGCACCCCAAUCGGCGGCAGGUCCUCACCUGCAUCCACAUCAUGUGCCCCACCACGGGCAUACCCACGGUCUUCAGCAGCAGUUGCAGCAGCAGCAACCACCUCCACUACCACCCCCAUCACAACACCUCACCCACCCCCAUCAGCUGCCUUCACCGACGCACCCACACCAACUUGCGUUGCAUCACGCACAACCCCAUCCAUCGCUGGCGGAACUCGACUACAUGAAGACGCUGAAGGAAACGAACAAGUACUUCCUCGAUCGCAGCUACCGGGCAGCUUCGUUGGGUUACGGUGGGGGCCGAGUGGCGGUGGAUGGAGUACCCGAGGAAGGCACCGGUCCUCCAGGACCCGGGGAGUAUGAUGAAGACCUCGCAUCACCGGGAGGACCUGGCUCUGGUGGGUUGAAGCGCAAGUACGAUCGCACGAGAGACGGCGAGGAUCGACCACGAGAUGGGGAUAGCGGUGGUGGAGGAGGCACGGGAAGCGGGGUCAUGCUGCCGGACGGCACCGACGGCACUCCACCCGACAGCUCCAUUAACAAAUAUAAUAAGCUGCAUGAGUCAGCCGAUAAAUCAAUUAGGGCUAAUAGUUUCGAUUAUAUGAAAAAUUUCGAAGAGCUCCGAGCUCGGCAGGCGGCAGUCUACGAGGCGGAACAGCAACAUCAUCACCAUCAGCAACAGCAACAGCAGCAACAGCAACAUCAUCACCAUCACCAGCAGCAGCAGCAGCUUCAGACGCUCCAUCAUCAGCCCCAACAGCACCUUUCGCAGUCACAACACUCGCAGCAACCGUCGCCUUCUUCACAGCAGCAAUCCCAGCAAUCUCAGCAACAGCAGCAACUUGGAUCGUCGGUGGGAACGGGGUCUCAAGGCACGGGGGAUGAAUACAACCCCCACGGGCGGCAAUCGACGGAGGGUGGCACAGAUAAAGGCACGGACGAUGGUGGCGUGAGUUACGCGUCCAGUGAAGAGCUCAACCAAACGACGUCCAGUGAACAGGGCGAAAAAGCUGGCUCUGGAAGUGACGAUGAAGGAGGUGACGAUAGCUGCUCGAAGAAGAAACAUCGCCGGAAUCGGACCACCUUCACGACGUAUCAGCUGCACGAGUUGGAGCGAGCCUUCGAGAAGAGUCACUAUCCGGACGUGUACUCGCGUGAGGAGUUGGCGAUGAAGGUCAAUCUGCCGGAGGUCCGUGUGCAGGUUUGGUUUCAGAAUCGACGCGCGAAAUGGCGCCGCCAGGAAAAGUCGGAAAGCUUGCGGCUCGGGCUGUCACACUUUUCCCAGCUUCCGCACCGGUUGUCCUGCAACGGUGGCAACCUGCCGGUGGAUCCGUGGCUUUCACCACCGCUGCUUUCGGCACUACCGGGUUUCCGGCGUUUCGUAGGGUUCCUGUCGCACCCGCAAGGCGUCUACCCCAGCUACCUGACGCCUCCGCUCAGCCUCAACCCGUCGAACCUCGGCAUGCCCAAUCUAGCCCUUGGUCACCCGAACGGACCUCAAAAUCUGCGCAUUUCACCCCAAAGUAUGGCCGCGAUGUCCCCACAAAUGGCCACCGGAAACAUGCGUCUCUCACCUCCACACGUCAACGGUUCCCUCGGUGGUCCCCAGAACCUUUCCAUGCCACCUCACGGACCUCAACCACCUGCGCCACGUCACUCACCUCUCGGUGUCCCGAUGGGAGGGCUUGUCAGUUCACAACCACCCCCAUUACCACCCACCGCAGGAUCAACACCCGUCACCAUACCCAUCGCUUCCCCACAAAACCUGUCCCUAACUCCACCAGGUCUUCGUUCACCACCACCGGGAGCAACUACUGCGAGUAGUUCCCAAACGGUACACCUGCAAUCGCUCAGCCCAAGUUCACCUUCACCGACCGGGCUCAAGGUCACGAAAGCGAUGGCACCCGGAUCGAUUGAUGCAGGAUCGGAAAGUGACACACCAUCGGCGGGUGCGAGUGACACCGGCAAAGGUGCCCUCAACAUGACGGUGAAUCAUCACCAUCACCAUUCGACGGAUAUGCGCACCAACUCGAUCGCGACCCUUCGCAUCAAAGCUAAGGAACACCUGGAGAACCUGAGCAAGGGCAUGACGACGAUGGUGUAA